GUCCUUCCCCGAUGAGGAGGGGCCCAAGCACUGGAGCCCCGCCCGCUACGAGCACGUGAUGAGGCUGCGCCAGGAGGCGCUGGAGGCCGCCCGGGCCAUGUGGGCCGAUUACCUGCUGGUGGGGGGUGCUGGAGUUGGGGGGGAUCUGAAUUUGGGGAGGGGUCCUGAAUGUGUCCCAGGUGUGUCCCAGGUGUUUUUUGUUCCUGGACGCAAUGUCCUGGUGAACCCUGACACACUGGGGGUGUCCCAGGUGUCACACAGCUGUGUCCCAGGUGUGUCCCAGGUGUGUCUCAGGUGUGUCCCAGGUGUGUCUCAGGUGUGUCUCAGGUUUGUCCCAGGUGUGUCCCAGGUGUCACACAGGUGUCACACAGGUGUGUCCCAGGUGUCUCAGGUGUGUCCCUGUCCCCAGUUCCUGGACGCAGACAAUGUCCUGGUGAACCCCGACACGCUGGGGGUGUCCCAGGUGUCACACAGGUGUCACACAGGUGUGUCCCAGGUGUCUCAGGUGUGUCCCUGUCCCCAGUUCCUGGACGCAGACAAUGUCCUGGUGAACCCCGACACGCUGGCCGUGCUGGUGGCCGAGAACAGAACCGUGGUGGCGCCGAUGCUCGACUCGCGCGCGGCCUACUCCAACUUCUGGUGCGGCAUCACCCCCCAGGGCUAUUACCGCCGCACGGCCGCCUACCUGCCGAUCCGGCGCCGGGAGCGCCGCGGCGUCUUCGCGGUGCCCAUGGUGCACUCCACCUUCCUGCUGGACCUGCGCCGCGAGCGCGCCCGCGACCUGGCCUUCCACCCGCCCCCGCCCGGCUACCGCGGCGCCCUGGACGACAUCCUGGUCUUCGCCGCCGCCUGCCGCCACGCCGGGGUGCAGAUGUUCGUGUCCAACCGGGAGCAGUUUGGGUUCCUGCCGGUGCCGCUGCGCUCCCAGAGCUCCCUGCGGGACGAGGCCGAGAACUUCCUGCACGUCCAGCUGGAGAUCAUGGGUGAGACCCCCACGGAUCCCCAGGGAUCCCCACGGACCCGGGGCCUCGGGAUCGGCCCGAGGGAUCCAGGGCUUUGGG